GGAUUCCGGACAACGCCUGGUUCCUCUCGGGUCCUUCCGGCGUCGCCGGAGUGAAUUGAUCCGGGAGUUGAAGAGGGCUCCAAAGGUGGGAAGUGAAGUCAGUGCCUCAGUUGCCGGUCAGUAUAUGUUUUGUGCCCUAUUUUAUCACAAAAAAAGAGAAGAAAUACUGCAGUGAAUGAAGAUUCCUCUGCAUUUUAGCACUGCCUUUUCUACUGUAGUUGGCUUUUGAAUGAGGAUGACAAUGGAAGAGAUGAAGAAUGAAGCUGAGACCACUUCCAUGGUUUCUAUGCCCCUCUAUGCAGUCAUGUAUCCAGUGUUUAAUGAGCUAGAACGAGUAAACCUGUCUGCAGCUCAGACACUGAGAGCAGCUUUCAUUAAGGCUGAAAAAGAAAAUCCAGGACUCACGCAAGACAUCAUUAUGAAAAUUUUAGAGAAAAAAAGUGUAGAAGUUAACUUCACAGAGUCCCUUCUUCGAAUGGCAGCUGAUGAUGUAGAAGAGUAUAUGAUUGAACGACCAGAGCCAGAAUUCCAGGACCUAAACGAAAAGGCACGAGCACUUAAACAAAUUCUCAGUAAGAUCCCAGAUGAGAUCAAUGACCGAGUGAGGUUUCUGCAGACAAUCAAGGAUAUAGCUAGUGCAAUAAAAGAACUUCUUGAUACAGUGAAUAAUGUCUUCAAGAAGUACCAAUACCAGAACCGCAGGGCACUUGAACACCAAAAGAAAGAAUUUGUAAAAUACUCCAAAAGUUUCAGUGAUACUUUGAAAACCUAUUUUAAAGAUGGCAAGGCAAUAAAUGUGUUCAUAAGUGCCAACCGACUAAUUCAUCAAACCAACUUGAUACUUCAGACCUUCAAAACUGUGGCCUGAAAGUUGUAUAUGUUAAGAGAUGUACUUCUCAGUGGCAGUAUUGAACUGCCUUUAUCUGUAAAUUUUAAAGUUUGACUGUAUAAAUUAUCAGUCCCUCCUGAAGGGAUUUAAUCCAGGAUGUUGAAUGGGAUUAUUGCCAUCUUACACCAUAUUUUUGUAAAAUGUAGCUUAAUCAUAAUCUCACACUGAAGAUUUUGCAUCACUUUUGCUAUUAUCAUUCUUUUAAGAAUUAUAAGCCAAAAGAAUUUACGCCUUAAUGUGUCAUUAUAUAACAUUCCUUAAAAGAAUUGUAAAUAUUGGUGUUUGUUUGACAUUUUAACUUGAAAGCGAUAUGCUGCAAGAUAAUGUAUUUAACAAUAUUUGGUGGCAAAUAUUCAAUAAAUAGUUUACAUCUGUUAAA